GUUCCUUAUUCACAUUGAUUCCACAAUAGUUAAUUCGACCGUUCUCUGUUCCUUUCUGAUCCAUUUCAUUUCAAUUUUAUAUCAUAUCAGUAAUCCUCUGCUGGUUGAUCCAAAGCAGCAGAGACGGCUAAAAAGAAUAUCAUAUAUCUGUUCUUCAAAUGGCUCUUCUUGUCCCCGGUGGUGUCGGGUCUGCUAGAAUCACUGUGCCAGCCUCAGCUCGCUUGUCCCGGAGAUUCAGGACAUUGGCUUCCUUGAACGCACCUCCGAAAGACUCGGUCUCUUGGGUUGAGGCCACUUCGAGCUUCUUCGAAGGGGACUCUAGGCCUAUCAUGUUAUUUGAUGGUGUAUGCAACUUGUGCAAUGGAGGCGUGAGGUUUGUGCGAGCGAACGACCGGAAUAGGAGAAUAAGGUUUGAAGCUCUUCAAAGUGAAGCUGGCAGGAAUCUGUUGAGGAGGUCCGGGAGGGAACCCGACGACAUAUCGAGUGUCGUACUGGUUGAGAAAGACAGGGCCUACAUUAAAUCGGAAGCUGUACUGAAGAUAAUGGAGUACAUCGACUUACCAUUCCCCCAGCUAGCUUUCUUCUUACAGUUUAUUCCAGCGUUUUUACGAGAUUUCAUGUAUGACAAUGUUGCAAGCAACCGCUAUUCAUUCUUCGGCCGCUCAGACUCCUGCGAGAUAUAGACUUGUACAAAGCUUGGGUGAUAAUGCGCACAGCUAAAAUUUCAUGUCUUCAACAAGUUUAGUAAUGAGUAUAACAGCCCUAUUGUUCCGAUGUAGAGAAGAACCUAUGAAAGAUGGUACUGAUGUUUGUAUAAAUAUCGUGGACUGAGAGUUUCCAGUUAAACCAAUGUCUUCAUUCAGCUUUGGGAAAUUAUAGGAGGAUCAAAUAGGAAAUGGGCUAUUGCAGUAGGCAUCAUUUGACCGAGCGGGCCUGGUGUACGUUGAUAUGAUCUUUUGUGAGCAUUGAAGCAAUAGGAAUAAGCUCACUUUCUUUCAAUUGUCAUUUUACAUCAAUGUGAUCAAGCAUGAUAUUUUGGCGCAGCGCGGA